UGUGACAUUUUCACAUAUUCAUCACCGAGUUAUUAUUAUCUAAGAUCCCACUUAUUUAUUAGUGAUAUAGAUGCAGAGCUAUUCAGAGAAAAGUUUUUGGAAGAAAGUAAACGAUAAGAAAUGAAGGAAAUCGCCGGUAAUGCCAUGUAGAAAUCGAAGGUUGGCAUCAACAAUUCAGAGCUCAUCAAAAUCAACCACCGCUCAGUCAAAAAUCACAUCACUUUUCUUCGAGUUAAAGCAAGGAAGAGAACCAUCAGUUUCAGGAAUCAAGCAAGAAACUUGAUUGAUUUCAAUGGCAGCAAUAGUUUCAGGAUCAAUGGGGAAUGACGCAUGGAAGGCGCAUGUGGGUAUGGCAUUGGUGCAGCUUUUCAAUGGUGGCUACCAUGUAAUUACCAAAGUGGCCCUUAACGUUGGGGUUAACCAAUUAGUCUUUUGCCUCUAUAGAGAUCUACUUGCACUCUCUAUCCUUGCUCCUAUCGCUUAUAUCCGUGAAAAACGGACACGACCGCCCAUUACUAAGAACCUCCUGAUAUCAUUCUUUUUCCUUGGAUUAACUGGGAUAUUUGGCAACCAACUUCUGUUUCUUCUUGGCUUAAGCUAUACAAAUCCAACUUAUGCUGCUGCCACACAGCCGGCCAUUCCAGUCUUUACAUUUUUAUUUGCUGUAAUAAUGGGUACAGAAAGAGUGAACUUGCUCAGAUAUGAAGGUCUGGCAAAGGUUGUAGGAACUAUUAUCUGUGUUUCGGGUGCCAUAUUGAUGGUUUUGUAUCGCGGUCCAGCUGUAAUAGGAAAUGCAGAAAUUGAUCAUGUAGCACAAAAUGAAAUUAGUGCGAGAGGUCAGCCAGAGCCUUCUGGAUGGUUUUUUGGCGGUUUACAGGAUCUCGGGUUUGACCAUUUUCAUCUUGGGGUUCUGUGCUUGAUAGGGAACUGCAUGUGUAUGGCUGCUUUUCUAGCCAUUCAGGCACCGGUGUUAAAAAAGUAUCCUUCAAACCUAUCUGUCACGGCAUAUUCAUACUUCUUCGGAGCUGCUCUGAUGGUGAUGGUGUCAUUUUUAAUUACUAACGAAUCAACUAACUGGAGUCUGACAUCAUCCGAAAUACUUGCUGUUAUCUAUGCUGGAACUAUUGCAUCUGCGCUUAACUAUGGACUCAUUACAUGGUGCAAUAAGAUUUUAGGUCCAGCUUUGGUUGCCCUAUACAAUCCACUUCAACCCGGCUUUUCUGCCAUACUGUCUCAGAUAUUCCUCGGAAGUCCAGUUUACUUGGGAAGCAUCAUAGGUGGAUCGUUUAUCAUUGCUGGUCUAUAUACAGUUACUUGGGGAUCGUAUAGAGAAAGACGAGCAACAGUUGUAGUUACUCCUCACGGUCCCGGGGAAACUGAGCCACUUAUCCUUGAUAAAACUGCAUAUCAGAUAGAAAAAUGGAUGAUGAAUAACCAUACAUACAUGGCCAAGUGUCCCAACAUGCUUAAGUGCGUCAGGAUUAAGCUAAAUUAAUGCAAGCUGUUGGAGAAUCAUCUUGUACUACUGAAAGAUCCUUUUUCCCGUGGUCAUGUUUCUCCGGCUCAUAACAAGGCACAUGCUGCUCCCGUUCAUGCACAAGCUAUGAGUUGUUAGGAGUCAAAUUGGUAUGAUGCUAUGAAUGAUGAAAUGAAUUCUAUGAAAGACAAUUUUGUCUGAGAUCUUGUAGAGUUAUCUAAUGAGGCGAAUACCAUGGGUUGCAAAUAAGUAUUUAAAACCAAAAAGAACUCAUUAAGGCUAGGCUCGUUGCGAAAAGAUUUACUCAAAAAAUACAUAAUCAAUUACACGUAUAC